AUGGAUACUUUUAUCCAUAAACGCAUGGACUCCACUCUCUUAAAACAGACAUUCCAUGUCGAGUCACAUGAUCAAGUGCCACAAUAUGAACUAAUACAUGUGAGAACACUAACGAAGCGCAGUGCUCCAACAGACGAAGAAGUGCGGCACGUGCACCUUUCUGCCUUUGGGAGGGAUGUCCAGCUUCAUCUGCAGCGCAAUGACGAGUUUGACGACAGACUAAAGUCUAUGAAGAUGUAUUUGGCUGAAAGCACUAGGAAUGGAAUCCAGUACAAAGAGAUGCCGCAGCAGGAGGAUGAUGAUCCAGGAACAACAUACCAUGACCUGGAGCAAAUGGCAGCUGUGACGAUACGCCAUGGAGCUGAUGGAAAAUUACAAAUGGAAGGAACGAUCGGCAAUGACUUGGUGGUGAAACCCGUGCCUACGGCCAUCCUGGUGCCCGAAGAUGGAUUCGUGGAUGACGAGAUGUUCUUGGAUGAAGACGAGAGCUACGAGAGGAGUAGAAAUCGAUCUUCCAUUCCCUACGGGAGGACUGCAUCCCGGGGAGACGCCCACGUCGUUUAUAGAGGACAGAGGUCAAACGAUUCUCAAAGCGAUUUCUUGCCUCUCGAUGGGGUCCAUGGCCAUUUCGGAGCUGAGAGUCGUUCAUACAGGGGUCGGCGUCCUCGCCGAGCUGCCACCCCCGCCUCAGUUUGGCCGGAAAUUCUGUUGCUCGUCGACUACGGGAGUUUUGUCUUGCAUGGGCUUAGCAGCAGGCAAAUAAAAAGGUACUUCGUCAGCUUUUGGAACGGGGUAGAUCUCAGAUACAAGGCACUUUCAAACCCCAAAAUCAGGAUUAGCUUGGCAGGAAUUAUUGUUGCGAAGAGCAAAGAUGCCACUCCAUACCUGGAGCGAAAUCGCCUGCCGAGCCCGAACCGCGACGCCAUGGACGCUGCAGCUGCUUUGACGGACAUGGGUAAAUACCUCUACCUGGAAGACAGGUUGCCGGCCUACGACAUGGCAGUGGUCAUGACGAAACUGGACAUGUGUCGGAAACAGGUGGGAGCCGGAAGAUGCAGCAGGGGCACCGCAGGUUUCGCUUACGUGGGCGGUGCUUGUGUUGUGAACAAACGUCUGGAGAAAGUAAACAGUGUCGCAAUCAUCGAAGACAGCGGAGGUUUCAGCGGAAUCAUUGUUGCAGCGCAUGAAGUUGGGCAUUUACUUGGCUGUGUCCAUGAUGGUUCGCCCCCUCCGAGUUACCUAGGGGGCCCUGGAGCAAGUCACUGUCCCUGGGAAGAUGGCUUCAUCAUGAGCGAUCUCAGACACACGGACAGAGGAUUCCGGUGGUCUACAUGUUCUUUGCAACAGUUUAAGCACUUCCUAAGUGGUGAGACUGCUUCUUGCCUGUACAAUUAUCCUGAUGAUAACAAACUACUAGCAAGAGAAUUGCCUGGUACUAUGUUGACGUUGGAUGAACAGUGUGAAAGGGACCGGGGCACGCAAGCAUGCUUCAAGGACAGCCGUGUCUGUGCGCAGCUCUUCUGCUACGACAACGAUUCUGGAUACUGUGUGUCUUUCAGACCAGCUGCUGAAGGAUCUUCUUGUGGGGAUGGACAGGUAUGUAAGAAUGGCAAAUGCGUAGUGGACAACGAAAACAUCAUCCCCGAUUACACACAUGUGACGCGUUCCAUUGCAAAUCGAAUCGACAAACCAGCUUCCAAGUCUACCACAAGUCGUCCGGUAAACUCUGUCAUUCAGAAACCAGGCAGAUUAAAUAGAAGACCGCAACAUCGGCAAAACUUCAUCAAGAGAAACAGUGCUGCGCCUGCUACGAAAGAACCACCUGUUUUUGAAAGUACUGAGAAAAUUGAAGUCGAAAAAGCGUGCGAAGACGCCGUGGAAAAGUUGGCUGGUGGCCUUACUUGCCAAGAAUUUCUGGAACGCUAUGGUGAUCGAUACUGCAGGCAUAAUUACAUGACGAGGAACUGUUGUCACUCCCACCAAAUUGUUUGUGCCAAUCGAUAAAAGAUUCUUACUCAAUUCUUAUUCAAUUCCUAUGAACAUGAAUUCACUGCCAGGACCUGAGGUACUUCGGUGUCCUCAGUGAUUCUUUACGUGCCAGAUGGCGUCAUUUUGUGCUGAGUUUCGCACAAUUCUUCCUCAGCAGGAUUCAUCCAGGUGAAGCUCAAAACCUGGAUUGAAAAUUCAUACAAACAUUCUUUCCAUUCAUUUCCAAAGAAUAAAAAGUUUCGCAAGGAAUCUUUUUGACUUUCACUAAAAGUGAGAACAAAACACCCAUUUCAUGUUGUCAAGUUCCAAAUAGCCAGAAUUUAAUACGUUCGUCGAAUUAUAUCAAAAUCUUUUAUUUCUCUCAAAAUAAUUCAUAAUUUCAUAACUAUAUUUUGUUGACACAGUUUAUGACUGUUAUAUACAUCUUGCUUUUUGUUGGAUAACUUGUUUUCAAGAUAUAUUAACUUCGAAAAAUGGCUAUCUCAUUCCAAUAAAGAACAGUUCAGAAAAAGUAAGUAGAAUUGGCCAAUCUUAGCAUUUUUGCUCAUAACUUUUCAAUAUUAUAAUAAUGAAAAAAAUGCAAUGAAAUUUGUUAAUACUUAUAAGCAAAAUAAAAGCCAUUGCCUGUGAUGAUUCUAGCGUUCGAAUUACCUUCUUCAACGCUACACAGCAACAAAAACCACUCAAUGAAAGUAUGCAAAACUACCACUUUUGUUCAUGCAAGAGUAUUAUAAUAAGAAGAUUUAAGAUGGGUAUCACAUACUUUAUAUAGAAGUGUUACAAAAAUAGAGAUAUUAAAGUGGCUAGUAUUUUCGCGCAUUAUAGAUAAUUUUAACGAGAAGAUUCCAAUGGCAGUCAUGAACAUAAUACAAUAUGAGCAAUUAUGAAACUCAUACGAAAAUAGAGUCAUUCAAAUUAAGAGGGAAAGAAAAGGAAACACUCCUCAAUUUAGAGUUUCACCAAAAAUUUUCAUUGAAUGACAAAAUCAACAAGAAAAGCAACGCAAUGAAAUCAGCUAAUGCUUGCCUUUUGCUCAUGAUUGAAAAUCAUACAGAGAAGAUUGAAGAUGAAUAGCUUAUACUUUGCAACAACAGUGUCACAAAAAAAGAGAUAUCUGAGUGGUUAGCGCUUGUAUUUUCAUCCAUUAAAGAUUAUUUUAACAAAAAGACUCCAAUGGCAUUCAUGAACUUAGUACUUUAUCAGCAAUCAUAAAACUCACAAAAAAUUGAUUCAUCCGAAUUAAAAGAGAAACAAAAGGAGGAUAUCCUCAAUUCUGAGCUUGACAAUAAAUUUCCAUCAGUUGCCAAAAUAAGGCCCAAAAAAGUACGCAAUGAAAUCAACUAAUGCUUGCACUUUUGCUCAUGAAUGAACAUCAUAAUGAGAAUAUUCAAGACCAGGUAGCUCAUACUUGGUAAUAAUGGUAUCGCAAAAAAUAGAAACUGAAGACUUUAGUGAUUUUAUUUUCAUCCAUUAAAAACAUUUUUAAUGAGAAGAUUACAAUGGCAUUCGUGAACAUAUUAUCCUAUCAGCAAUCACGGAACUCCUUGCAAAAUUAAUUCAUCCGAAUUAGGAGGGGAGCAAAAGGAAGACCUUUGUAAUUUAGAGAUGCUCAUGAACGAAAAUUAUAAAGAGAUGAUUCAAUAUAAGAUUUCAUGUAUUUCUGGCUCAUACUUUUCAAUAAUAAUAUGACAAAAAAAAGAGGUACCGAAGACUUUAGUGCUUGUAUUUUCACCCACUAAAAACAUUUUAAUGAGAAGAGUUCAAUGCACUCAUGAACAUAAUACCCUGUCAGCAAUCAUGGAACUCAUUAAAAAUUAGUAAAGUACCAAAAGGAAAAUAUCCUCCAUUCUGAGUUUGACAAUAUAUUUUCAUCAGUGAUUAUUUUCGUGAGUUUGUUUUUAAAUGGUUCAAAAACAUCGUCAUAGCUGCUUCUUUAUUUAAAGAGGAUUUCUCUGUUUUGUCAAAAGACAGGUCAUAAAUCCUAAAGCCAUCUUCAAAAUCUAUGGUGCCAGUAAUGCUAUCGUGGCUUGUGUCAAGAUUGUUACAAACUCAUAAUUUGGUAAAAAGUGUUAGGCUUUCACUUCGUGUAAAUGUGGAAUUAAGAGCUGCUGUAAAUUGCGCUUUUUGCUUUUAAUCAUGUGGUUUUUAAAUCAUCCCUUCAUUAUAUUUUUUUGAAUGUCUACUUAAAUAAACCCUCAUUUGUACUGUAAAUAAUUUAUGACAAUUUGCUAUUGGAAAUGUACCAACAAUAAUUACUGCAGUUAACAGUUUUACUCCAAAACUCAGAUCAAAUUUUGAAAAUAUGAAAAAAGCAGUCUGUUCAUAAAUGUGGUCAACAGCCGCAUAAUAUUUAACAAUGUUUAUUAGAGAUAAAAUGCAAAAGAUUCGAAUUUAUGUUUUUCAUGCAAUAAACGAUUUUGUCGGCGAAAUGGAAAACUUUGUAUAGUUAAUUUAUGAAAAGCUUGACU